AUGGAUGAGGCUCAGGCUCGGCGGCGUAACACGGUUAAUGCACUAUUAGAUGGCUACGGGAGCCUCUCGGUUCCGCAGCUUCUCAUGUCAACAGCACCUGACUUUUACCAUCAGGUAUUACCAGAAAGCCUAGGCAUGAUGCCCCGGAAUAGGGAGGCAUUCGCCCAGCACGCCGCUGGCAUCUUCAACGUAUUCGACGAAUUCAGAAUGAUCCCGAAGUCUAUCGUCGAUGAUGGACCGGGAAAUACGGCAGUAGUCCACGCACGAAUGCAAGGAAUACUAAAGGGGGGAGCCGGAGAGUGGAUAAACGAAUGCAUAAUGAUGAUCCAGCUAUCCCCUGACGGCACUCAGGUUUCCAGGGUGACAGAGUUUGUUGAUAGCGCAAAGGCUUUAGAGAUGGCACGGAAACACGCACCCGAUAACUUUGAAGUGAACUACUCAAAGCUAGAUGAUGGCAUGAAGACGGAAAAGGGGGAAAGGAACGAAACAACGGGUUCCAAGUCGAUAACACUACUGUUUGGGUUAGGACUAGCACAGGUUAUCAUGACAAUAUUUUUGUUGUAUCAGGGUCGGCGGGCCAUCUUUUGA